AGUGGUGACUUCCCGCAAUCGCCGAGUGUGUAGUCAGCAAAUCGAGUGUGUUGCACUCGGUUGUAUGUUGUUCACACAUGGAGUAUAACAGCACAACAACAUGAAGCAGAUGUGUUAAAUACGAUGUGUGAUUUACUUAAGCAUCUAGGCGUUAUAUUCGCCUGUGGAUUCGAUAUUACAAUUGUGAAUAACACAGUAAGUUUUGACCUGUGUCGCUGACCUAUUUUCAGAAAAUUAAGUUAGACGGAAAUUCAACUUUUCUAACUGAAACUAAAGGUAUGGCGAACUCUAGCAGUAGUAACGGCGAACCGUCCCAUAAGGAGACGGUCGUCAAGUUUUCUCAUAACAGCACAGCCGUCGAUGCAGACUUUGUUGAAGUAAAAAUGCCCAAAGACAAAAUUAAAAAAUCGUCCGGGGAACGAGGUUUUCAUCUUUUACCUAAACUUUUCGAACGGUCGAACGGGAGCUUGUUCAACCCGAAAUUUGACAGCGAGAUUUUAGAAAACCACCUGGUAAAAGUAAACUUUCCUCACGUACGGCGAAUGUUCCGGAGUACUGUGCAGUACCAAGCAGUAGCCGCACUAAGCUUUAUGUUUUUCUUUGGGCUCAAAAACAUCAACCCGAACUUCAAUACGGACCACUGGUAUUACUUUGUAGCUGGUGCCGGUGCAGUGUUAGCUCUGAUGCUAUUUUUACUUUUUGUGACCUUUACGAAACAUUACGAAAAACACACAACAAAACUAGCGUAUUUAGUUGCAAUAAUUUUAAUUAUAGCUAUACAGCUGCCCUACAUUUAUGAGAACCCUGACAUUACAUCUAUUGGGACAUUUUGUGGUGUUGUUGAAAUAGUGAUGGUGUUGUAUUCCUUUUUUCCAAUUACUUUGUAUACGGCUGCUGGUCUGGGAGGCUUAUUAUCUCUGUCAUAUGAAGCCAUUAUUGCUUGGAGAUUUUCGGAAAUGCGCAGACCGGAAUUUAUAAUUUGCAAGUUACUUCUUCAUUUUAUCGUUCAUUUUAUGGGUAUUUUUAUCUACAUAAUGUCAAAUGCCCGCGCUCGAAGCAAUUUUUCGAAGGUUGGCCAGUCUGUUAGAUUACAGAGGGAUCUUCAGAUUGAACGUGAGAUAAAAGAAAAAAUGAUUCAUUCACUUAUGCCUCCACAAGUAGCAAAAUUAAUUAUGGCCACAAACCCAGGUCAACAAGAAGAGGAAAACCCAGAUGAAGAGGAAGAUGCAGAAAAGAAAAGACGCAGAAAGCCCAAGCAUGUUAAAGGUGAAAUGAUUUUCAGGAAAUUCCAGAUGGAUGAAAUGAAAAACGUCAGCAUUCUGUUUGCUGAUAUUGUUGGAUUUACGAAGAUGAGUUCCAAUAAAACUGCUGAGCGUCUCGUGGGUCUUCUCAAUGAUUUGUUUGGGAGAUUUGACAAGCUGUGCAGUCAUGCAGGCUGUGAAAAAAUCAGCACACUGGGAGAUUGCUACUAUUGUGUAUCUGGUUGUCCAAACCCAUGUGAGCAACAUGCUAAAAACUGUGUUGAAAUGGGCCUUAAUAUGUGCAUUGCGAUCAGAAAUUUUGAUGAGGAUCAUGCCGAAGAGGUUAACAUGCGAGUGGGUGUCCACACUGGAACUGUAUUGUGUGGAAUCGUCGGAACAGUCCGCUUUAAAUUUGAUGUCUGGUCCAAUGAUGUGACGAUGGCAAACAUCAUGGAGUCAUCGGGUGAACCAGGAAAAGUUCACAUAUCAGAAUCAACACGCAGUUUCAUUGUAGAUGAAUAUGACAUGACAGAGGGAGAAGAGGUUGCAGAUUUCAGAGGGAGGAAAGAGUUGAUUGAACAUUAUGAUCCAGCACAGUCCAGCUUCAUAAUCAAGCAUAGGGAAGAGACUCGAAACGUCAAGACCUACUUUAUAGUGGGUCGCAGGCCAGGAAACAUUGGCAUACCAGGAUUGGAGCAGCUGGCAGAUGAGAGACCACCUGAACUUAGGAGAGAUCGAGCUCCGUCCUCCACAGAAAUAGACACCAGUGGUAAACCUGCACCACCUGUCUCUACUUACACAGCAUACACAAACUCUAGCUCCGCAGAAAACGAUGUUGAUGGUGGGAAAGGAACAGCAGAGUUACUUUCCAUGAGAGCUAUGUUACAUCCAGUCACAAGUGAAGACAAGCCAAGUGACGACCCGAAUGCAAAAGCAGACACUACACUGUUGGAAAAAGAGAAGAAGUUUUCCAUUACAGAUCAAGACAAACUUUUGAUUGAGCUAAUGGAACAAGAGAGCAGUAAUGAUUUGUCACUGUUCAAACCUUCGCUCAACAAAUGGUCUCUCAACUUUGACAAGGAGUUGGAGCAUGAGUACAGGCACCAGUUUAUUGACAGCCUGUUGUUUGAAGAGAAAAUGUUGUCAUCCCCACGCUACCAGAUGGCCGUGGAGGCAUUUGUGGCCUCCUUGGUCCUGGCCCUGAUCACAUUUUGCUGCCACAUUAUGUUUGACUUUGCUCGCACCACGGGAUUCAUCACCCUGACGGUGGUGAGCCUCACCUUACAAUCCCUGGUCUUCGUGGACACCAUCACCAACAUCGUGUGGUUGGAGAAAAAGAAGAAAAAAUUCCCGAAAUACAUGAGAUUUACACAAAGUUGGUUCUUCCGCAACACGAUUGGUGUUGUCAUGGCUACACUACCAGCUGUCUUGAUCUACACCAACAUGUCCUGUGCUCUGGUUAUAAACAAACACUGGAACGACCGUUUCUUCUGCUAUAGCAUUGUCGUAGCUUUACUGCAGUACUGCAACUACAGCAUGCUGCGUUUUAUCGCUAAAUCUAUUGUAGCUUUUAUUUUAGGCUCCGUACUUAUCUUUCUACUCUUUGCGAAUUUGUGUUCGGACCAUUGGGAGGACUUGAUAGAAGUCUCCAAUGAUACAUCUGCUUUCAAGCCACAACUGUUUUACGGACAUCAUUUGAUCCGCUAUGAAACCAUCCUCAAUAUUGUUCUCUUGCUGCUGCUUAUCACAGUCAUCAAUUAUGAAUUUGAAAAUUCCUACCGUCUGAGUUUCUAUGCCAGCCAAAAAGCUCAAAGGGACAAAGAGAACAUGCAGCUGAACAAGGAUCAAGCUGAUUGGCUGCUGCAUAACAUCAUCCCUGCACAUCUGGCCGAGUUGUUCAAACACAACCGCAGCUACUCCCAGAACCACAUGGACGUGGGGGUCAUCUUCGCCACCAUCGUCAACUUUAACGAGUUUUACGACGAAACCUACGCCGGUGGGAGGGAGUACCUGCGCGUGCUCAAUGAGCUGGUCAGUGACUACGAGGUGAUGCUCAGUGAGCCGCGCUUCAAAGAUGUGGAGAAAAUAAAGACCAUCAGCUCCUCUUUCAUGGCAGCAGCCGGACUCAAUGAAGAAAGUCGUGCCAAAAAUAGACACCCUUACGCUCACCUGUUUGCGUUGAUGGAUUUUGCAAUGGAGUUACUGAACGUGGUGCACAAUUUUAAUGAGAGUAUUUUUAACUUUGAGUUUAUUUUAAAAAUUGGGUAUAACUACGGACCAGUGACUUCCGGAGUUAUUGGCACAACAAAACUGCUGUACGAUAUAUGGGGGGACACUGUGAACAUUGCUAGUCGUAUGUACUCAACAGGGGAGGAGAACAGGAUCCAGCUGCCCCAGAGUUCAGUUGACCUGCUGAGCUGUAUGUUUGAUUUCACCUACAGAGAUGAGAUUUUUGUCAAGGGGAAAGGCAUGAUGAAAACCUACCUGUUGGUGGGCAAAAAGAGAGGAGCCAAUUGGGAAUGAUCUCAGCCUGACUGUUUGUUUUAUGUUAUUCCAAUCGUAGGAAUUAUUUUUUUCAAACAAAAAAAAAGCAAUUUAAUGUGUAUCACUUACCAAGAACAGGCUGUUAAGGUAUAUUUUUUACUGCACUUAUUUCUGGGCUGUGUGGCUGCCAGAAAUGGUUUUAAAUUUUGUUAUGACUGUUGUUAUACCCAUCAUUUUUUUGUUUUCUUAACCUUCAUCUCCCAAUUGUUGAAUUAUUUUUUUACUUAAACAGAGGAUUUUUUUUUUAAAAACACUGGUGCGAUCUACCAAACUGCUUGUUGAAGACCAUGUUUUUUUAAAAUCUCAAACCAAAGCUUCAAAUUGUUUUGUCACUUUGAUACUGGAUGAUAUUUUUUUUUAAGUUGCUCAAUUUAUUUUCUUCUAAUAUAUUUUAUGCAUUCACUUGUUUGAUUUUAUUUGGCUCAUCGUCUGUAUACAUUAAUUUUACUUUUAUUAAUUUUUAUCCAAAAUAGGUGCAGUAAAAAUGUCAGUCAAAUGUUUGGUUUUUUGAAGUCUUUGAAUAAUGUUUACUAAUACAUGGAUUUUCAACUCAUUUAUUUAUACACUAUUUUUACAGAAUACUAGGUGAUUAUAAGCUUCAUUUUUAUAUUAAAAUAUACAAUAGUUCAAACCUUUUUGAGAAUUAAAUGAAACAUCUUUUUUUAAGCUAUUUAUAAUGCAAGUCAUUUUUCAUUUAAUAUUUACCAAGGUGUAUAUUUAUUUAUAAUGGUGUAUGUUUUGUUUGAAUAAACCAAUGUAUUUUACUGAGUACUCAAGAUGUAUUGUAAAACAGACAUAUUGUUUUUAAAUAGACAGUGAGGACUAUACACAAAUCUGGUGAUCAAAUGUUCUGCUUACAAUUGACUGUAUCAAAUGUUUCUGUUGACAUUUAUAAGAGCACACUUUGCAAGUAAAGCAAAUACUGGCUUAGUUAACCCACGUAUUCUCCUUUUAAUUCAGGUAUUCUUGUUACUUCCCAUUCUGUGUGGUCAGCAAAUCAUGAACUAAUAAUUACUAAAUGUUAGCAUCUGUUUAAAAACUUCUAAGAUUAUUAUUUUUACCCAUCAACUUAAAAUUUUUUUUUAUUUUACUUAAAUCUACAAAUAAAUGUAACAUAUUAACAUAUUCAGAGUAUGUUAGUUGUUAUGAAACCUACUUACUGGCAUGAAUUUAUCUUUUAGUUUACAGUAGUUAUUUAAAAGAAAGAGAUUUGUCAAGGUUAUAUGUCUUCCAUGUCAUAUCUCUUAAGUAAUUUUUAUGUGUGACUCUAUUGCCAAAAGAAAAUGACUACUUUUAAGCGCUACUAGUUCUAGUGUGUAUAAAAUUAAAUAUUUUACUUUGGAAUGAAAAAAGUAGAUUGAAAUAUUAAACAGAUAAUUAAUUUUACUGGACAUUCAAUGGGAAUUUUUAAAAACUAGUUGUUUAUUUAUUUAUUUUAAGAUCACAAUUUUGUGAAAGUUAAUGUGGGCACAGUGGCCACUUUGGCCACACACAAAUUGCUCAAGUUGUUGACCUGUAGGCUACCAAAAGUUUACAUUAUUUCACCUGGCAAGUAUUGAAGCAAUGAUUAAGACAAGUAAUAACUGAUAAAAAGAAUCAUUUCAAUGCUUUUUUUUUUACUGACUGCUUGUAAAUGUGUAUAUACAUAUAUGUAUUUUAACCCAAUAAAAUAACAAUUUCCUUGUCUAUGUGCUGCUUUCAUGUGUACAAGUUCAGUGUUUUUUCUUCAACAUUUCCCUACAUGCAGGCUCAAAUAUAAACCUAUACUGUGUACAAUUUUAAUGAACUAUGAUCACUUUUUUAAAGGAAGGAAGGAUAACUUGUACACCCCAGCUAAGGGAGCUAAGCAUGAAGAGUUACAUGAUUGUACCAUCAGCCUUAUAUUCUCUAGAAGCCAUCAUCUUACCAUUAUGUUUACCUGUUUUUAUAAUUUUUAUUUUACUGUUUGUUCUGUUACAUUUUUAUAAAUAAUCACUUCAAUUCUUUAUUUAUUAAGAUAUAGGUAUUUCAUUUUGUAUUUGCUUUCAUAUACAUCAGCAUUAUUUGUUGUUUUCUUUCUGUUGAAAAGAUGUCUGAAAAACUUGGUCUCAGCUAGUCUAGGCAUGUACAUCAAGAAAAAAAAAUCAACAUUCACUUCCUUUUACAUUAUUUGAUGCAUAAUAAUUUACAAGAUAACAGUUCAGAAUGAACUGUAUAUACUUAUUUUGUAUAAAUACACCACAUAAUGGUACGCUAACUUUAUCAUUCAUCAGGAAAAAGACAAGCUUGUCUAUAUACACCAUUGAUUUGCUUUUAUCAAUUAUAAAACAGCUUAUAAGUUAAAAAAGAAAGUUGAUACUACCUCAAAGAAAGUGAUAAGCUUUGGUUCCAUUUGUUUUAUUUAACUCAAGUUCAUGUUUGUCUUGAAAUUUUGAAGUUUACACGUUUUAACAGCUUUAUUAUUUUUAUGGUAUAGAGUAUUUUAAUAGUAAUUUAUUUUUCAACAGAUUUAAGUUUUUCUAGUGUGUAGAUUUUUAAAUUUUAUAAUUAUUGAAUUGGUUCAAAUUAAUUUUCAUUUUGUAAUUUUGUUUUUACUUAUACCAAGAUUGGUUGUGUUAAAUGGAUGAGUUGUUUUCCAAAUAUAAAAUAUUAGUAAUCAGGAAAGUAUUUUUAGAAUCUUCAUUAUACAUAACUUGAAAAAUAAUUUUCAUCUGGGUAACUUGACCUCGAUAUGACAAGUUUAUGGGGGGAAAUUCUUUACAUUUAAAAGUCAUCUAAAACUGGGCUUGUAAUUUUUUUUUAAAAGGAUAAGCACAAACUGAAUUCUAAAUGAAAUUAGUAUGAAUCAACCUGGAAGUUCCUAAUUCCUAGUAUCUCAAAAAUACACUCUAACAAGUUUUGGAAAAUGAUUCUUUAGUUGUUUGUUUUUUAAAAGUCUCAGUCUAAUUGAACCCACAUUUUUUAUGACAUGUAACAUACUAACAACCUCUUGUAAGUCUUACUCUUUUGCUCUCACCCAGGGAAGCGGCCAAAAUCUUGUAACUAACUGGCAUAUGCUUUAAAUUUAUGAAACCAAAAAAAACUUGGCAAAUGCUAUUUAAGUAUGUGCUAAAAAUCUGGCUACUGCUAUUUAUAAGUAUGGUUGCAGUUAUUUUUUGUUCAAUUUUUUUUUAAUUUACAAGUUUCCUAACUAUUGUUUAUGUUAUGCUUUAAAGUUGAUAAUUUUUAAAUUCGAAGUGAAGAAAUUGUUUAGAUUUAUUAUUUAGAUUAUACUUACCAAUACCACAGAAGUGAUUAAAGAAUCUACUUUUUUUAAAAACCGUCCAAUAACCCACUCUGCUGUUUGAGGAAAACUUUUAUUUUCACAUGUAACAUGGAAAGAUUUCUAAAAAACAGAAUUUUUUUUUUGUUGGCGAAAUCUUUUCUCUUGCUAAGACGACUUAAUAAAAUAUAAGAAAAUAUGAAUUUGCAAAACUACUUUGACUGAAGAACACAAUGCUACUUAUUGCUUUAUAUCUUGGUGCUAAAAUAGAAAAUGAGAGGCUUUGUAUGGUGAAUCAACAGGAUUGUUUAUUUAUUUUUUAAUUGCUCCUUAAAAUCUCACUAGAGCCUUAUCGAGAUCAAAUCACACUAAUAAUUAAUUCUUCUCACAGUAACACAUCACUAGAUUAUUUCAUAAGUAGGUUUCAGAAUUUCGGCUUCCCAGUAACCUGCUUUAUUUAUAGAAUUUAAAAUUUGUUUAACUUAUUGGUAAUCUACUUAUUUUAUGUCUAGAACUUACAAUUAGUUAACCUAAUGCUAACCUACUUUAUUUAUUUAUAUAAGUAGAUUGACCAGAAGUAGCUUGACUUUAUAGUGACCUACCUUACUUUCAAAUUUAAAUAUUGAUUGACCUAAUGGUAACUUUAUUUAAAAACAAAGUUCAGGUUUUAAUUGACUUGUUGCCAACAAUUAGCUUUCUUUACAGAAUGAAAAUCUGGACUGGUUUGUCCAACUCAUUACUUAAAUUACUGGUUUUAUCAUUAUAAAUGUAGCGUUUUGGUGAUCUUUAGCUGGGUGUCAUACUUUCAAUGCUAGUCAACAAUCAGCUGUAAUUGUAUGCUUCUACGUCAUUUAGUCUUAUUUUGUAUGAAAACAUGAGGGCACGUUUGUUCAGUCUUUACUCCAGUAUUUGGACAACCUGAUUUCAUUUGAUUUUUACCAGUAAGUAAAGAGGAUUUUUUUUUAUUCUUACCAAAAUGUCUUAUUUACCAUUUUGUGUUAAAAAUUUCUUCUGUGUGGGGAUUUUUUAUAACUUUUAUUCAACUGGCAUGGAGUAAUAAAAAUGUGCUUUGUAUGCUUUAAACUCUGUGGGGUGAGAGAGGUGUGCUUUCUGUCCUUAUCUUCCAUGUGGUACCUAACAGACAAUGUUUGACAACUACUAAGUGUGAUAUUAUUUAUAGUUUUGGUUGUACUUUCUUGUUAAAACCCCCCCAAGAUAGUUUGGUUGUUUGCUUCUACAGCACACCUAGAAGUACCAAACCUGACCCCUAUCCUAAACCUAAUUGUAAUCCUAAUAUUUCUUAAUCUCAGGAUUAACGGGAAAGUACCCUUUUAUUUUUACUCAUCACCAAUUAGUGAGAGCAUUGCUUCAAUAAUCUUGAUCCUACUCUAGUUUUGUGUUUUAUUUUCUAGAUUUAGAAGUGGCUAACUCAAGAAAGCAUUACCCCUAACUAUAAGAUUUAAACUAAUUCAUGUAUUUUAAUAUAAAUAUUUCUUAAAUAGUCUUAUUAUUAUUUGAAACUUGAAAAAAUAAAAAAUUAUCGACUGCUGUUUUUAUUUUGGGUGGUGAAAUUUUUGGCUGUGGAUUAUUGUUCAGCUUUUCAUUUUUGUCUUGCCACUGAAAAACAAGUGACCUCUGUGACACUGAACUGAUGAUAGUCCAUAUAUGGUCUGAAACUUGUGUGAUAGUUGGCAUAAAAACAAGUGACCUCUGUGACACUGAACUGAUGAUAGUCCUUAUAAUAAUGGUCUUAAUCUUGUGUGAUAGUUGGCCUUGUGGAGACUGGUUAGUGACAUUCAUCUGUUAGUGACAUUCAUCUGUUAGUGACAUUCAUUUGUUAGUGACAUUCAUUUGUUAGUGACAUUCAUCUGUUAGUGACAUUCAUCUGUUAGUGACAUUCAUUAGUUAGUGACAUUUGGUUAGUGACCAUCUGUUAGUGACGCUAGGGCUCGUGUCAUUCUGUUUGCGACAUUUGUUGAGUGACAUUUAUUUUAUGACAUUAGGCUAGUCAGACUUGUGACUUUGAGUGUUUGCUAGCUGAUUCUGCAUUCUGCCUACCCCUCUUGUAUGGGGUACAGUGAUAAUGGAUUGUUUUAAAACACAUUUUAAAACUUUUUUUUUUAAUUCAUUCAAUUCUCUCCUGUUUAUUUUUAAAUAAGAAUAUUUAUAUUGAAGCAUUUUAGUGAUAGAAAUAUACUAGUUGUUGAUAUAUCAUAUAUUUGUCAUUGUGACUACUAAUUUUCUGUGUGAAUUGAUUAAUAAAAUAUUUAUUUUCAGUC